AUGUACCACCAGGAAGGGCUCUCGGAGGCUCUCCAGAAAUUGGUCCAGUUCCUGUUGUCCUUCUUUUUGGCCCUGCUGGUCAUUGCAGUCGCUACUUGUCUGCUUCGGAAAUGGGCGGCGGAGGCCCGGGCCCGGGCCAAGAUCAAAGAGGCCCAGAAGAGGCGGGAGGUGGCCCUGAAGAAGAUGGAGGCUGCAAUAGAAAGACUAAAGCAACAGGUACCUGAACUGGACCCAGAGCACAUCUUCUCCCUGUCCCUCAGAGAGCUGGCCCACCAGCUACGCCAGGGCUUCCUGAGCCCGGAGAGUGUCCUCUGUGUUUACAUGGAAAAGGCCUUGAAGGUGCACAAUGAGGUGAACUGCCUGACAGACUAUCUGGAAGAUUGUGAGGCUCGGUUGCAGGAACUGAAAAAACAGCCCAAGGAGAAGCGGGGACUACUCUAUGGGGUGCCUGUGAGCCUCAAAGACCCCUAUGAUUACAAGGGCCAUGAUUCUACCUGUGGCAUGGCCUAUUACCUGCAGAAGCCUGCAGAGGAAGAUGCUGUCAUAGUGAAGGUCCUGAAGAGCCAAGGAGCAGUGCCCUUUGUCAAGACCAACAUCCCCCAGACCAUGCUCAGCAUUGAUUGCAGCAACCCGAUCUUUGGCGAGACCCUGCACCCCCAGAACCCCAAAAAAACCACAGGAGGCUCCAGUGGAGGAGAGGGUGCCCUGGUGGCUUCUGGUGGUUCAAUCAUCGGCUUUGGCACCGACACGGGUGGAAGCAUCCGUGUCCCCUCUGCCUUCUGUGGCACUUAUGGCAUCAAACCCACUGGCUUCCGCUUCAGUUACAACGGUAUCAACUCAUCUAUAAAGGGGAAAAAGUCAGUGACCAGCAUGGCCGGCCCCAUAGGGCGAGAUGUGGACAGCCUGGCCCUGAUCUUCCAGGUGCUGCUGUCAGAAUACAUGUUCCAACUGGACCCCAUGGUGCCACCCAUGCCCUUCAGGGAGGAGGUAUACUCCAGCACCCAGCCGCUCCGCAUUGGUUAUGUGGAGACAGACGGCUUCUCACAGCCAUCCCCCAGCAUGGUUCGGGCCAUCCGGGAGGUCUCCAAGAAGCUCCAGGAUGCUGGACACCAGAUCAUUCCCUUCUCUGUCUCUCGAAUUGAUUAUGUGAUGGCGGACUUAUAUGUGAGAGGGCUCUAUGCUGAUGGGGGUGAAGGACUUCUAGAAAAACUCUUUGGGGACAUCAUAGAUCCAGUCAUUUCAUCUACGAUCUCCUUUCUCCGCCUCCCAGAUUUCAUCAAGUGGUUCCUCUCCCUGGUCCUGAGGCCUGUGGAGCCGAGGGCAGCAGCCAAUAUAAAUGCUUUAAGAGGGGUGGGGACACCCAAGAAUCUCUGGGAGCAACAUGUGGCUGUGGAGGAUUAUCAGAAGGAGGUUAUGUCCAAUUGGAGAGAUCAGAAUCUGGAUGUGCUGCUGUAUCCAGCUCUCUGUCCUGCCUUUGACAAAGGGACAACCAGCAAAGCUGGAGACUCCAUCUCCUACACGACUCUCUUCAAUACCUUGAACUUCCCAGUCGGCGUCGUGCCGGUGGGCACAGUGACAGCACAAGACGAGGAAGAGCUGGCUUCAUACCGUGGCUACUACGGAGACAGUAUGGACAAAGCCUUCAAGAAGGUGAUCUCUGGAUCUGUGGGCCUUCCCAUCGCGGUGCAGUGCGUGUCUCUGCCAUUUCGAGAAGAGCUAUGCCUGCGCUUUAUGAAGGAGGUGGAAACCUUGGUCCACGGGAAGCCAGGAAGCAAAUGA